AUGAGAAUCCACAGUGGAGAAAAACCUUUUAAAUGUAACCAAUGUGGGAAAGCCUACAGUUCAAGCUCUUAUCUUAAUCGGCACAAGAGAAUUCACUCUGGGGAGAAGCCCUAUGGAUGUCGAGACUGUAGAAAAACCUUCAGGGAUAGUUCACUUCUUAGACAACAUGAAGAGAUUCAUUCAAGGGACAAACCCUACAAGUGUGAUCAGUGCAACAAAGCAUUCACUAGAAGUUCACUUCUUAGACAACAUGAAGAGAUUCAUUCAAGGGACAAACCCUACAAGUGUGAUCAGUGCAACAAAGCAUUCACUAGAAGGUCUAGGCUUAACCUACACGAGGUACUACAUACUGGAGAGAAGCCCUAUGCCUGCAAUGAUUGUGGGAAAACCUUCAGUAUCCUCCCUUACCUUAAAAGACAUAAGAGGAUCCACACUGGAGAGAAGUCUGUUGAGUGUAAGCUCUGUGGAAAAGCGCUAAGUAGUCAGUCCUAUCUGAAGACGCACCUCAGGAUACAUACCGGAGAGAAACCUUACAAAUGUGAUCAGUGCGGGAAAACUUUUCAAAUGAGCUGCAGUCUCACCGUGCACAAGAAGAUGCACGCUGAGGAGAGACCGUGCGCGUGCAGUGACUGUGGGAAGGCCUUCAGAGACCACUCGUGCCUGAAGGAACACCUGAGGAUUCACACUGGAGAGAAACCCUUCGCGUGUCAUCAGUGUGGGAAAACCUUCAGAGUGAAUUAUUUCCUCAUUUUGCACAAGAAAAUUCACAUGAGGAUGAAACAAUAUGAGUGUAAGGCAUGUGGGAAAGCCUUCAGUGGUUUCUUAUCUCAUAGGAGACAUAUGAAAAAGCACACCAGGGAAAAGAAACCCUUCAAGUGUAGUGAGUGUGGACAAGCGUUUAGGAGGAAUGUAGCCCUGAAAAUACACAUACGAACUCACACUGGAGAGAAACCCUAUGAGUGUGAUCAGUGUGGGAAAACCUUUAGUGUAAGGGGUAACCUUGCUGUGCAUAAGAGAGUACAUACUGGUGAAAAACCGUAUAAAUGCAAUGUCUGUGGAUACGCUUUCAGCAAGCUCAUAUCCCUCCGGAGGCAUUGUGAGAACACUCAUGCUGGACCAAACUCCUAG